UUCCACUUUCCAUUUUUUUCUAAAUGUGAAUUACUAAUUAGAAGUUAGUACUGGUGAAAGUAGCAUGAUGCACACUAGUCAAAUUCUAAAUGCAAUAACAGUCCAAUAGAAGUACCGCAAAGGUUUCAAAGGCACAUUUCCUUCCAAUCUUAAAAUUAGGGCAGACUGAGCUGUCUGCAAUUUAGUGAAUUAUAGGGUAAUCCUAGAAUAUUAUCUAAUGUAGCAAUUUAGGACUAGGCUUACUUACAUGAGUUUCAGCCUCUGGCCAUCAAGGUUUCUAAUAAAUUGUUAUUGGUUCCAAGGUGUGCUGUCAUGGUUUUCAGUGCUAGACAUAAUGAUAGCCUCUCAAGACAAUGCAAGAAUUGCAUAUGACAAAUAGAUUUGCUGAUUGUAGAAGCCUUUAAAAUUAUCAAACCUAUCUUGAGGACCUGUAUUUUGAGGUAGAACCUGCAUAUAUUUAAGCCAACAUGAGCUGCUCAGUUAUAACAUUCCCUAGGGAAAAGCUAUUUAAUAUUUUGUGCCAUGCUUGCAGGGGGGCAGGCCUGGGUUGGGGAUUUUUUGAUAUACAUUUGUUGAUAACUGAAGGAAGGUUUAUUCAUCUUUCUAAUGGAUCGAGUUUUUCCUUCUGCUGUUUAGAAACUAAACGAUUGCAAUUCAGUCAGUGCCUACAGAUGUCAACACCUGAACUGUGCGAUUUUAUGGGGCCAAAAUCAAGCCAUUAUUUACUUUCUAACUCCCACAUCUGGAAAUAUGUUCUCCUUUGGAGAACAUAUAUGUUCUCUCAUGAACCCGCGGACCUAGCCAUGAGGGGAUGUCGUUUUGGAGGACGCGAGGAGAGGGUUGAGCAAUGGCGAGGCUAGCAGGAAUUCGUAAUGCGAGGAAGACCAAAUUUUGGGGCUUCGGGCUUUCACACGCGGGAGCCCGGAGAAGGAGGCAGCGAGGAUCCCGGGAGCAUUUGCCGAAGGAGUGGAUAUGUUGGGGUCUGGGGCUGGUCUGGAGGGAGCGCCUCGAAAAGCGAGAUUGCAGCUUUUCAGCCGGCGGUGACCCUUACGCUGCGUCUCUCUCCCUGCGUCAGAGUUUGCCCCAGGCAGCCACUAAGGGGAGAGCGAUCCCUAAGCGCCUUUCUCCCAGUCAGGGCUCCGGUCCACCCGUCUUCUCUCAGCUGCCUCUUCGCCCCCGGCGCCCCAUGCCGUCUUUCUACCCCAGAGUGCCGCAUGUCCUGCCUGGGCGCCCUCGCUCCCCCACAGCCUCCCAGUCGAGGUGACUCCAGCUUGUCCCCUUCUUCCUUGAUUCGUGUCUCCGACCCCGCUCUGACGUAGCGGGAGACCGAAGGGGGGGUGGAGAGGAGGAGGAAGAGGAGGAGGGAUGGAUGACUCACAAUGUUAUGAUGCGGUUCCACAACACACCGCCACAUUCGGCUACAGACGGUGCACAAAAACAGCCCCCGGGCUGCUCUGAAGCUGCUGCUGCUGCUGCUGCUGCUGCUGCUGCUGUCCCCUUGCUGCGACCCCGCGCGGAGCCCCAGCCGGAGUAAGCAGCGGCGGAGAAGAAUCCCCCGGGAAGCAGGUUUCAAGGUGUCUCCCCUUUCGGUCUGGAUCUCAUCUGGGGGGGCCCUGGUAGUGCAGCCCCCCCAAACUUCACUUUUUUGAAAAACGGCUCUAGCCAACCUGCUUCGCUGCUUCACUUGUGAUCGCUUAUGUGGGGGCUGCACAGCACCAGCUCCCCCACCUCGACAAGGCAUCGCUCUCCAGCCUGUCAUGCCCAGCUGUGAGCCAGUGCCACCAGCCGCCUGUCUCCCUACCAAAACUUUCCGCAGUUACCUGCCCCGGUGCCACCGGACUUACAGCUGUGUCCACUGCAGGGCACACUUGGCCAAACAUGAUGAGCUUAUCUCCAAGUCCUUCCAGGGAAGUCAUGGUCGUGCCUAUCUUUUCAAUUCUGUGGUUAAUGUGGGCUGUGGUCCAGCAGAGCAACGUCUUCUGCUCACUGGUCUCCAUUCAGUUGCUGAUAUAUUUUGUGAAAGCUGCAAGACUACACUGGGAUGGAAAUAUGAACAAGCCUUUGAGACCAGCCAGAAGUACAAAGAAGGGAAGUACAUCAUUGAGAUGUCACAUAUGGUGAAGGACAAUGGCUGGGACUGAGAAAGAAGUCUGGGUUCAUGCCCUCCUGCGUAGCAUGCCGUGCCCUUUCGUAACCCCAUUGCCACAAGUGGCACCCCAGCACAACCAACCCAGCUACCCUUCCAUCAAUCUCCUGCACAGCAUCAUCCAGGGGAAUGGAGCUUCCAGGAUCUUUCUCCCAAAGCUUCUUUCUGAAAUGCUGGACUCACUGUUUGGAGGACUCUACCUGUCCCCUAGACCAGAAGAGGAAACAUGCAGGUGGUAGAGUGUGGGAGAUUUCGGAUUGGUUUCCCCUUGGCCUGUAUAGGUUAUGUUACAUCCUGUUAGCACUUGUCGGCAUAAUACUGUGGCAUCCAGAACUGAGAACCUGGAAUCAGGCGUGAAUUUUGCAGUCCAUUGUGUAAGAAAAAACAAAAUACUUAAUGCAAUGUGACAUAAAAUAUGCUUUGGAGGCGGGUCAACAGAUCAGUUUGAUGCAUAAAAGCCAAAGAGAUCAUAUCCAGUAUCUCUAGCUUAAAUAAAGAAGGGCUGUGACAGGACUUCCACUACUGGCAUGGCCCUAGAUAACUGUGGACAGAUAAUGUUGAUAGCAUUGAACUGGAUAGGGCAGUGAUUCUGUGCAUUAUAAGGCACUUUCCUGUUCUCCUUUCUGAGGAGAAAUUAAGAGUUGUACAUCAGCCUACUGAUAUUGGGAACUGAAGGUUGGAUGACGUAGAUCACAUGGGGAGAUAAAAGAUAUCCUGAAGUAGGGGACAGAGGAACAGUCUCUCCAAAUGGCAGUUGCCGGUCCCUUUCCCAGACUCUGCAAUGGUAUUUUCCUUAGGUUUAUUUUAUGGAGUCCGUUAAUUUAGGUGUGAACCACCGUGUGCUUGUAAUCCCUGAGCACUAUGCCCCGCUUCCUCAACUCCCUUACCAUACAAAAAGGAUGGGCAGUGGGGGGGGGGGGGGACAACACUUUAGCACUGUCACCAGCGCAGGAAUUUUUUUGUAUAAUAAAAUUGUUUUAUAUUUUAAAACAAGCAAUCCAUACUAUCAAUAGUUUCUGUCAUCCCGCUUCCUUUGCAGGUUUAGUACAAAGCCAGAAGUUCUGUUGAUGGCUUUCUGCUGGUUAAAGUUUCCAACAGGCACAGAAUCCAGGAAUAUUAUCCAACUGCAUAAAUUUGAAAUAUUCAUACCAAAUCAUACAAAAAACCCAAACCAGUUAUGUUUAUCCCCUCAGACAAAACU